CCUUAUUGUUAUGACCAUCACUCGUCAACUCUGUCCACCUCGCUGGUAACGGAUCACACUUCGAAUCGCUGUAAAUGACCGAAGACAUCCCCAAAGCGGGUGUGUGUUAUAGACGUGUGAAGUACACGAGUGGAUAACUAUGAGAUCACAUUUAGAACUUCCAGUAAAAUGAAUCUGUAAUCGUUCCUUUGCGGCUUCGGGAAAGUGAAGAUAAAGAACUUCGUGCGUCAUCAGAUGUCAUGGUAUGUACUUAUAACUUGGUCAUGCUGAUAUCAUUUCAUGACAUUUUUAAUUUUAAAAAUCAUGAUACGAGUUCAUUUUUUUUCAUUUACGAGCCAGCGACGGGGUCUUCUUGAUUAAGGAUUGUUAAGCACUCUAAAAACUCCAGUUAAUUAUUUAAUUAUAUUAUUUUGUUUUUAAAUCAUAGCAGAAAGAAAUAAGUUGUUGAUCUCAUAAAAAAACAGUUCUAAAGUUUUCUAGUGGCCGACAGAUUCUAAAACUUCGAUUCUUUAACGAAACAAUGUAGUCUAAAAUCUUAUUCUGGUCAUUGCUAAAUCGACAUGCGUCAAUGUUUGGAUCCGCGAUUUUUAUAAAACUGAUUUGCUCUCUGACAACAGCUAACAAAAUGAUAUCGUGCAUCACUAUCAAGUGGCUGGUCAAAUUAAAAAACUUAAACUAAAAGUCGUAGAUUAAAAAUAUUAUUUUUUUUUACCACUGGCCAUUCAUUCUUUUAAAAAGUUUUCUCUGUCUCUCUAUCUCUCUCUCUCUCUCUCUCUCUCUCUCUCUCUCUCUCUCUCUCUCUCUCUCUCUCUCUCUCUCUCUCUCUCUCUCUUUCUUUUUUUUUUUUUUUUUAAUAUUUUUUUUUUUUAUCACUCUCCCUACAUUCUUUUAUAAAGUUUUCUCUCUCUCUCUCUCUCUCUCUCUCUCUCUCUCUCUCUCUCUCUCUCUCUCUCUCUCUCUCUCUCUCUCUCUCUCUCUAUCUCGCAUUCUCUCUUUUUUUUCUUUAAAAAAAUUGAUUGUACUGGUUUUAGGUCUACAAAUAGAAACUUGCCAAGAUGUUUGUAUAGUUGUUUUUUUUAAAUUACAAGCUGCUAAUUACUUAUUGUAACGGAUUCUUUUAAAACAAAGAUACGUAUGAAAGCUGCCACUGUUCGUUUUAAUCAGCUAUGUAAAUUCUAUUAUAAACAUUUAAAAAUGUGUUCGAAAUUUGGACGGAAGUGAUUUUUGCAGUAGCUCGUGGCCGGUGUGUGGUGAAGAAUACAAUUCAAACAGAAUGGCUUGAUAAGAGCCUCGAUGUUAUAUGUGUUCUUAGUUCGCGUGAACGUGUUUUCUGUUAAGAAGAUCAACGAAGCAAUUUUUUUUUUAAAAAAACAAUAGCUGUUUAGAAUUACCAUCUUCCAGGAUGCCAGUCACUUGGAGGCAAGUCAGAGACUUCUGAAUUCUAACUCCGACUUCAAGGUAAGAAACGAAUAUAAAUACUCUUGUUUAAAAAUCUUUUAAAUUAACUUCGCUUUUCUUCGUGAGUUUCCUCGUCAAAAUAUUUUCCGCGUCAACAUAUCGAGCUGAAACUUGGCACGUAGACUCGUUGCCGUUGGACAACACAUUCUAUCCAAAUUUAAGCCCCAAACCCCCCCCCCUCUAAAAUCAGUUUUUUUCCUGUUUAUCAAGGCGAAGAUUAUGGUCCAAUGAUGACACCAAUAUCUGGAAAUAAAAUGUCCGAUAACUGCGCUAAAUGAGAUAAUUUUUUUUUUUUUAAUCCCAAGAGCGAAUGGUGCUUAUUAUUUGCUUUUAUUUUUCUGGAGGAGCAAGGGGGAAUAAAUCUCCCGUGCAAAAGCGGGUGGGCCUUUGGGAUAUUAAUAUAAAAUAAAAUGAUAAAAAAAUGCAUGUCAAGGAUUUACUCAAAAGACUUUGUUUUUAAGGGUUGUUUAAUUAUUGCUAACGUUUGCCUGUAAAGCUUACAAUACUAAACGAUCGAUGAGGUUUGAAAUCCGUCUAUUUCAAUGGCUUUGGUAUAUGGCUUUGUGGGGAAACCUUGAAACCUGAAGAACUGCUACUUUAAGAUCGUUGGUCUAAGUGGGUCUCUGUCAUUAGUUAGGUGACAGCCAUGUAAAAGAGUAUCAAUUUUUGUCAGUGUUGCUUUUAAGAAAUAAAUCUAAGGGAAAAAAAAUGCUUUAGAUAAAUUGUUUGAACUUAAAAGAAAGCAGAUGGUUUUCACAUCAGUAAGAGGGCAUUCAAUAAGGGGGUCGGUCGAUAAAGUACAUCCGCUCCGGAAAGGCUGUGGGGGCGUCUCAAAAAGUGUGACAGCGUAGCUGUGACACGAGGGGGUGGGAAUAAAAGAUAUUUUGUGACGUCACACAUUGGUUGUUGUUUUUUUUAGCAUGCAUAUAGUUGAAAUUGAUGGCGAUGUUGAACUUUCUGUUGUGAUGUAUGCACUCUGAAAGGAGGUGUCACUUUAUAGAUUUAAUAGUUCAGUAGUGACGUGCGUUUUGGAUUACAUUUAAAUUGUUUUUUGGUUACAAAGUGUAACGUACUUUAGGGCGACGGGGGUGUCUGAAAAUUGUGAUGGACUGCGACGAGGGAAGGAAGGGGAUAAACAUUUUCAAAAAAUAGGUUGACGUACUUUAUGGACGGCUCCCUGACAAACUUUUUUUUUUAAAUCCCACUACUAGCGUAGACACUUUAGACUUUUCCAGAUAAAAUGACUCUGUAACCACAUAAUAAGCAUAGCGUACCUUUUAAUUAAAUGUCAGAUGUGUUCAUAACUAACCCUACCCUUAUACUUAGACACCGACCGAAUUUCGUCUUCGGCUUCGGUUUCGGCGCUGAAAGUGGCCAUUUUAUCGCUUUCGGCCAAGUUUCGGUUUCGGCCGAAACUGAAAAGUUAACUUUCGGCUUAAUUUCGGUUUCGGUCGAAAGAGAAAGUUAACUUUUGGGGGUUUUUUCGGUUUCAGUCAAAAUUGACUUAGACUUUCGGCCAUCCGGUCGAAAGUGGCUGAGGUUUUCGAUCAUCUAAUAUUCAGUAAAAGCGAUAUUUAACAAUAAACAAAGCGACAUUUAAGAACAAGUUAAGCAAUCUUUAAGAACAAACUAAACGAUCUUUAAAAACAAAUAAAGAGAUCUUAAAAAACAAAUAAAGCGAUCUUUAAGAACAAAUUAAGUGAUCUUUGAGAAAAAACUAAACGAUAUUUAACAACAAACUAAGCGACAUUGAAGAACAAACUAAAUGAUAUUUAAAACAAACAAAUCGAUCUUUAAGAACAAUCUAAGCGAUCUUUAAUAACAAAGUAAACGAUCUUAAAGAACAAACCAAACGAUUUUUAAGAACGAACUAAAUUAUCUUUAAUAACAAAACAAAUGAUCUUUGAUAGUAAACUAAAUGAUUUAUAAGAAUAAACUAAGUGAUCUUUAGGAAGAAACUAAAAGAUCUUUAAGAAUAAACUAAUCGAUCUUAAAGGGAAAAAUCAAUUAUCUUUAAGUACAAAUUUAACAAAAUUUAAAAACAAUCUAAACGAUUUUUAACAACAAACUAAGCGAUCUUUGCAGACAUCUUAAAGAAAAGAUGGAGAUGGAUAGGACAUACUCUCCGAAAAAAAACCGAUAGCAUCACCAGACAAUUAUUAACAUGGAAUCCACAGGGAAAAACAGAGGAAGGCCAAAGAAUACAUGGAGACGCAAGGCUAGAGGCAGACCCGCAAAAUAUGGGAAACACCUGGAAACAACUGGAAAGGAAAUCACAGAACCGUGAUGAAUGGAGAAUUCUUAAGGAUGGCCUAUGCCCCAGACUGUAUAAAAAGGCAUAAUAAGAAGAUUUUAAAAGUGACCAAACUGACAGGCUCGAUAUUUCCUUCACUCGUAAACACUAGCGGCAAUUUUAAUAUGGAUCCUUUGAUAAUGUAUCAGAUUGCUACGAUUGACACAAUUAUAGUUGUGCAUUACCCGCCAACUUACUUUUAAAAACUUUUCUCAAAGCCGCACUCUUUGCAUGCUUGUCUCAUAAAAGCUGUAAAAUAAAAACUUUUAUUCCGAUUUUAAAACGGUUCUUACCAUUAUAUUCAUCAUACAAAAAUAUAUAGAAAUUUUUUUUUAAAAAUCAGAAUUAGACUAGUUCAGUGAGAUUCGACUGAAACAGUCGCAGAGAGUCACGUUAUAGAUAUGAGAAUGGGGGAAACGCGCCGGCGCAUUAACAGUCAACUUUUCUAUCAUGCAGCGGGCCGCAAAAUAUCGUCUUGCAGGUCACAAAUAGCUCACGGGCCGCGAGUUUGUGACCCGUAUAUUAGAUGUUUAGUUAUUCACGAUUAUCUCAUUUUUUAUAAAAUGAAUGUACAUAUUUAUACUUUCCCCAUCAUUUUCGAAGUAUGCAGAAUGUAUGCGGGAACGAAUUUCAAAAUAUCUAAAUAUAUCAGUUUCGGUUUCGGUUCGGCCGAAUUUCAUUUUUAACUUUCGGUCUUUUUUCGGUUUCAGCCGAAAGUCAUGUUUAAACUUUCAGCCCAUUUUUGGUUCGGCCGAAAGUCAUUUUAAAUUUUCGGCCUAUUUUCGGCUUUGGCCGAAAUCAGAAAAUCACUUUCGGUCGGCUUCUACUUGUACUAACAGUUGACUGUCUGGGAAUGAUCAUUGUCUUUGUUCCAACAGAUGACAGUGUGCAGAGACUCCGCGAUGACGUCAGACUACGCCGUGGAGCUGGUGAGUGUCCUUGUCGCGGAGAGCGCCAACGGAGCCUCCAAGUGUGACGUCACAGAUCAAAACCCUAAACUGGUGGACGCGAGAGGGAGGAGGGGCGUGUUCGUGUCUUUCGUAGAGACGGUGGAGACGGCCAUGGCUGAGAUCGGCAAACGUUUUGGUGGACACAUGAAGGUGGCUUUUAAGGUCGUCAUGCUGAUAGCCUACACGGCUUACUUUGUUUACUGUAUGCAGUACAGGUAAGAAUGCUGGGCAAUCGCAGUUUAAAAAAAAACGAAAAUGGAUAACUAGAGAUGGGUUCACUAGAAUCUAGAAACUUAUUGAGUUCAUAUAUUCUAGACUUAAUAACUAAUAGAGAUGACUUGAAUAUCGAUAAAAUCGUUUAAAUGUUUUAUUAGCCACUAAUUUUUAUGAAUGUAAAGUUGAAGAAAGUUUAUGACCAAUGAGCUACAGUCUUCCGGUAUUGUUCAUAAGAAAACAAAAACCUUUAGGAAAGAUUUGCAUUCAUUCUGUCCUUCUUAUAUGUUUUUUUUCGUCGUGUUUGGGUAUUUAUUAUAUAAUGUUUUUAUCCACAGAUUCGGUGACGAAGGUUCUAUUGUUCUGCUGACUGGCACAUCAGUGUUCGCUAUUUAUACAUGUCGCAAACUGAUGUCAUCUAAAGGUUACACCUGUAGUUUACCUUUUCAGCGAGCCAAGCUCGUAGAUCCGACCAAGGCUAAAAGAAUGCUCACAGCCAUACGCUUGUAAGCACACGGGAAGAUGUCUUGUUAGAAAUGACUCUUGAGCUAUGACUACUUCGGACUAAGCAAUUCGGUGGCACCGUCGGUCAUCUUGGGCGACUUUUGACCUUCGGAUCACCUUUAAUUUCAUUAUUACGGGAAAGAACAUAACACAUAUCAAAGAUUCAAAAAACUUUUAUUUUAGUGUUAGUGAUUAUACAACCCCUACUCCCCAUUUAAAGGGAAAAUAAUAGCUCGGCCUCUUCCCAGGCUUCAAAAACAAAAUACGAUAAUAUGCACGGGCAUCAAAUUACUUUUAUAAUAAUUAUAGCUUAUUGCAUUUGACGAUAACAGCUUUAUUCAGUCUAAUGCUCCGGCCAUGAUUGAGCAGACUGGUGCGUGAUGACCUUCGUGACUUCUCACUGCAACAUGCAUUUUUGUGACAGAGACAAGAGCCUGCAUCUGACCGGCUCAGCCGAAUUCAAAAUAAACUCUAGUGACCUCACGUGCCACCUCCUUCCCUCCCGCCACUUUAGUAGUAGAAACAGACAAACAGAUCAACAUUGUUUGCGUGUUUAUAAACUAGUUUAGGUUUUAUAAAUGUGUUAAGAAUAUUGAAUGUUUACUAAAACUUUGUAUUGUUCCGACUGUGAUCAAUUUUUUGUUGUUUUUUUUUUUGUUGUUUGUUUUUUUUCAAAUAUAUUUUUAAAAUGUCUUUUUGUUUAAUACCCUAUACUAAUUAUUAUUGCGUGUUUAUAAACUAGUUUAGGUUUUAUAAAUGUGUUAAGAAUAUUGAAUGUUUACUAAAACUUUGUAUUGUUCCGACUGUGAUCAAUUUUUUGUUGUUUUUUUUUUUUGUUGUUUGUUUUUUUUCAAAUAUAUUUUUAAAAUGUCUUUUUGUUUAAUACCCUAUACUAAUUAUUCAACAGUAUCCUCUAUUUUUUGGCUACUGCGGGACUAGCUCUGUAUUUUGGAUUCCUCGUGUUGCCCAGCCAUCCACGGAACAGCCAGUCAAUCCUUGGAAUCUUCUGUCUCAUCGUGGUGUGCUUCAUCUUGUCUAAGAAAUCGAGCAGGGUGCGUCAUUUAUCUUGUUGACAAUCGUUUAUGUGUUUAAAGUGAUUAAAUUUUAUUACUAUUAAGUAUCCACAAAGUAAAAUCCAAUUCCAAGCCAAGAAUAUAGCUGAUCCACAGACUCGAACAAAUCCAAUCCAAUAAAUAGAUAUGUGUUGACCGUCGUUCGCGUGCGAAGAUGACCGGGGAUAUCUAUCACACAGUGAGUACGCAGUUGGCCUGUCAGUCCUAUUUGUGGCUGGAAAGCUUUCCCGCAUGUUGAACACGCGCUUUUUUUUGUGGUCCUAUUAGGAUUUGAGUCUAAUAUAAAAAAUAAAUAUAACAUUAUAAACAUGCAUGUUUGGUUCACAGGUGAAUUGGCAUCCCGUUUUCUGGGGUUUUGUCAUUCAGUUUCUAUUUGCGAUACUGACCUUGCGGACUGAGAUCGGCUACUUGUUGUUUAAAAGACUGGGGGAUGCCGUGACGGCGCUGGUUGACUUCUCGGAUUAUGGGGCCGCCUUUGUACUUGGCAAUAAUUUCAAAGAGAUGGGUCUGGCCUAUCGAGUAAGUUUGUGGUUUUUGUUACGUCUUUAUACAUAAGUACUUAAUACUGUGAAUUCAUUCACCAACUAUUAUCGACUUUUAUUUAUUACUGUGUGAUCCGUUAACGUCUAUCAUGACCCCCCCCCCCACACACACACACACACAAGCUACACUCCUCAACCAAAUAUCAUUUUUUUAAAGUAUUUAUUAAUGUAUCAUAUGCAUUCUUUAAAGUUUUUAAUGUAUUUUUGCGCAUACUUUAAGUAAAUGAUGUACAAUACCAACCUGUCUCGAAGUGUUUUUGUUAAAGAGUAUAUGAGCUUGUCGCAUUUUGGUACUGCUUAGACUCCCUCAUACUCUUUGGCCAGAUUAUGGAAAUUGUUUGAGGAAUGUUACUCGUCCAAUCGUCAAACUGGCACCCCACUUUGACCAGCCCUCUGCCAAGAUCACACCCCCCCCCACCACAAACACACACCUCACCACUCCUUAUUUUUCCUUGUUCACAACAAGGAACUUACUGAUACAUGUACAAUCAAUAAUCACAUUAAUUAAAGCACGAAUUAAUUCAUGAUUAAUUUUUUUUUUAAAUCCACUACAUUAAAAAGACCUUCUGCCAAAGACGAAAUUGACACACUAAAAAAUGAAAAUAAUAUAAAUUUUCGUAAAUGCAUUAUGCAAAGAAAGACCGUGCAGAGGUGUAGAUGAGCACUCUAUGUAGCCAAGGAUUUGAAUUGUAUCUAGAUGAAACUUAAAUAUUGUUAUGUUUUAUUUUAUUAAUUUUUUCAAAAUAUUUCCAGCAAAGAUCUUCUUUGCAUAAUGCAUUCUACGAAAUGUUGUAUACUUUUCUACUUUUUAGAGCGUUUUAAUUUUUUUCUUUGUAGAACGUCUCUUUUAAAAAGGUUUCUUCUUGUAACGGACUAUGUUUUCACAUGAAAACAGAGAGGUAGCAUGAGUGAACAGUGAAUUGUGUUGACCAUGUAUUUUGAGAGGACAAUGUGAGCUCCACGUUUUUGGAGAGUAAAAUUAUGUUUUUGUCAGAGCGGUUGUUUUCCACGCUUUGCUGGUAAUAAAGUAUGAGUUGACUGAGAUAAGGAGAGCUGAGCGCAAGGAGAGUCAGAGUUAGUCGGAGUUGAGUUAGAGUUGAGAUGUAGUACAGUUGAGCUGAGUUAUAGUAGUGUGAGGACGUGUCUUUCUUAAUGAUGGAAUACUAUAGAUAUAUAUGUGAAAUUACAUUCAUGCAAGGAUUAUUUAUUAAUAUUAUCAGUAUAAAGUGUGUUCAAUAAAGUACUGUGAGUUUAACCAGGAUUCAGUAUUCUUAUUUGCGUGCCCGGAUAAUAAGUGGAAGAAUGAAGAAGUUUUAGUCGGCAUCCUGAAAUAUCAACAUAACAUAAGUAACCAUACUACUGACAUAACCUACAGCAUAAGAAAUAAGAUCCCACGCCAUGUCAAAGUAGAUGUGUUACACUUCUUUUCCGUUUUUCACUUUUGAAUUAAUGAAAUUAAUCCUUAAAUUAUCGACAAAAGUAGAAUUAUUGACUUAUGCCCUGCCCUCAACCCCUUUCAAACCACUCAAUCCCAAAAAAACGUGCAAAACACCAUUCAAUGAACGAAGCGGACGCGAUGAACCACGACCAACUGAGCAAAAGAGUCAUGAGUGUAAGCCAAAACAAUUACGCCCCACAAGAUGGAAAUGCGGGUAGAAAGAAAGUCUAUAAAAGAGCGCAGUCAUUGGCAUAGUGCAAGGAUAUUUUAUUUAUGUAAUCAAUAUUUUCCAUUCGUGUGGUACUGAAAUACAGUGGAACCCCGCUAUAACGCGAUGAUCGGGGUCCAUAAAGUCGGAUCGCGUUAAUAGCGGGGCUGCGUAAAAUAUGUUUUUUAAUAUAAGCAAUAUAUAAUUCAUUGAAGACAAUCACAAAGACGAUUUACUGGCUUUACUCAUGGAUCCGUAAUAAGUAACACUUUCGAUAAUGUUUACUUUGGCUUAACAAUGGGAGUCGCUUAGUCAAUUAUUUUGUCACGUGAUAUGAGUAAAAACGAGUAAGAUUUCCGGUAUACUGUAUACAACACACUAGUGCUUGACAACAGUAGCCCGAUACACACUACAACUACACUACAUUUCGUCCAAUGAAAAUUAACAAUAAAAUAAACAAAGGGGAAUGACUCCUGCAUCAAGAUUGAAUAAAAACGCAAAUGACGUCAUGAGCACGCACGGAGCUCAACAACAUCCUGCCGAUAAUAGUAUUGAUAGUUCCCAUCGAAUAUCGCUCACAAAUUUUUCUUGAAAUAACUUUCUUCCUUUAAUUAUAACUGACGUAUAUUUAUUGUCACAUUAGUAAAAUUUUUAAUUAACAUAACAUUGGGGAAGCACUGAUGAAGUAUCUUUUGUUGUGUGUUGCAGCCUAGUGAUGACUUACUCAUAUCACGUGACCAAACAAGGAAGUGACUAAGCGACUCCCAUUCAAAAACCUAAUGAAACCAGUUUUCUCUUCUAUUUGCUGUUUACUUUCGUUCUUAGCACAGCGGAAUUCCCUUACCUAUUACUAUUUAAUAGUUCUACCGGAAUAAAGCCUCGUUUUCGGCAUUAAUGUUGAUACUAGUUUAAACGUGAUGCGUUUAGGGGCUCAUUUUCUACGAUAUUUUGAAAAGUUGUGAUUUUUUCGUUUUAAAAAAUGGUUUUCCAAGCAAUGGAUAAAAUUUUCAAAGAACUUAGGCCUGAUGGAGUAAAUGAAUUUCAAAUUUCGGGAGCCAUGCUACGACCACGUUAUAUCCGAAUUCGCGUUAUGGCGGGGUGCGUUAUAGCGGGGUUCCACUGUAGCUUUUUUAAAAUUUAAUAUAUUUUCGAAAAUAAAAACCUAUGUCUCAUAUAUUCCAUUGUUUAUAUUCGUCAUGAAGUCAGGUUCGAUCCUCAUAUUCUUCAACGCCAUCAUCUUCCUGUUAAUUCACUGGGGUGUGCUGGAGUUUGUCAUUGUCAACCUUGGCAGAGUUCUGGCCUACUGUCUGCAAACAGGACCAGUGGAGUCAGUAAUAGCUGUGGCCAAUAUUUUCAUUGGAAUGGUACAUGGACCAGCAAAGAACUUUCAUUUUAAAAACUUAAGGGUUCUGUUGGGAGUUGCUACUUACAAAUAAAGCUAAUCAGCGUAUAGUGUCAAAGAACCAAAACAAAAAUUGUAUUGCUUUAAAUUCAUAAAAUAUAUAAAUUAGCUUAAGGAUAUGUUGAAUGGAAUUUUAUUUUUAUUCGAUUUAGAAUAUAUUUCAAACUAUACAAAACCAUUUUUUAUUCAGUCUGAAGCGCCUCUCUUGAUUCGACCCUACUUGCCGAAAUUGAGCAGAUCUGAAAUGUGUGCGGUAAUGACCUGUGGCUUUGCGAGUGUUUCUGGGGCCACUUUGGGACUCUUUAUCAGCUAUGGGGUACGGCAUUUUGUUCUUGCUGUUGUUGAGACUUAAGCGAUUUAUUGUUGUCACACUCCACUAUGACAAGUAAUCUCAAGACCUCGAACACUCCUGGCCGUAUUCUGUGUACUCUAAAUGCUCAAAAUUCCUUUUGCCAGGCUCCAGCGAAUCACCUCCUUACUGCUGCCGUUAUCUCCGCCCCUGCGGCAAUGGCCAUUACAAAACUGGUGUACCCCGAGACAGAAGAAACAGACUUAUCAGUUCAAACUAACAUGCGGAUAAUGGAUGGAACAAAGUUGGUCAAUUUAUUCACUAUAUGAACCUGUACUGGACCUCAAAGAAGAUUUUUUUUUAAAACUCAAGUUAUUUCCAUUUUACAUUCAUUGUUUACAACAUUUUUUUAAAAUAAACACAGCACUUUUGAUAUUCUAUAUCGAGGAUGAACCAAAACCAGACAAUUCGUUACAGGAAAAUCUUUGAGGAUGAUCCAUAGAGUAGUCGUACACAACAAAAUACGAAUCAGAAACUAAAACGAUCAUUUUGACACCUGAACACAAAGUGAGAAACUGCAAAAUGUAACACUGUGUCACUUUAUAUCAACUAAAAAAAGAUUACAUUCAAAAUGUUAAAUAUGAGGUUCAGAAGGUCUGUUUUUUGUUGUUUUUUUUGGAUCUCAAUAAUUCAAUUUUUACCAUUUGCUCAGGAUUUAAUGUAAGCAAUUAUUGUGCAUUGCCACUGUCCUAUUUUAGUAACAGUAACACGGUCCCCUCUGAGUAACAAUCACAUGGUCCCAUUUGAGUAACAGUCUUACGGUCCUAUUUGAGGUAAGAAGCUCAAGUUUCACAUUUGAGUAACCACCUCAUUUUGGGAAUUACAAUAAUUCUCGUUGUAAAUUCGCUUAAGAUCUUUUGUCACCAAAUACAUCAGAACAACUGGUGUGCAAUCAGUGCUGAUACUGAGUGGCUAUACUAUUGGGUGGGUAGGGGUGGGUGUUUGUACUCUCUUAACCUCCAGAAAUCGCCCUUUUAGGAAUCAGACAUUUUAGUAAAAGUCAAUAAAUAGUUAACAUGAACGAUGAGCAUUACCGCAAAUAAUCUACCGCGACAUAUCAGUGUAUAUCGAUACGUGCACAUACUUGUAUCAUCCGUCAUCAAUUGGGCUGCACGCGACAUAUCAGUUGUUAUCCAUACGUGCACAUACUUGUAUCAUCCGUCAUCAAUUGGGCUGCACGCGACAUAUCAGUUGAUAUCCAUACGUGCACAUACUUGUAUCAUCCGUCAUCAAUUGGGCUGCACGCGACAUAUCAGUUGAUAUCCAUACGUGCACAUACUUGUAUCAUCCGUCAUGAACAGGGCUGCACGCAGCGUGUUGUCAGCGUGUUCUGAGGGGGCUGUGUCCGCUGUCAAGAUCGUGACCGCCAUCAUGGCCAACAUGCUGGCCCUGGUGUCCAUCCUCAAGCUGAUUGACGCAGCCUUCGAUUGGCUGGGACAACGUGCCGGGGUCGACGGCCUGUCGUUUGCAGUAAGUUCACGGGAUGAGAUAAUUAGCCACUUACCGUGUAAACACACUUGAUGGGUGAAUUAUUUGCCUCACUGUCGUGAAGAUGUAUCACGCGUUACGUAAUAUACUACAGUAAAUUCCAUACAGCUUGAAUAUAAUCAUUUCAAAUGUCAGUAGAAGAGAGAAUUGUGCUUCAACGGUGCUUCUGUUGUUUUCAGUUAUUUCCUUGAAAUUUUUAAGCAUCCGAAAUUAUUUAAUUUACAUAAAAACAAAGAAAACAAAAAUCAGAUGGUUAAUUUAUGAAAUACAAAAUUACUCAAAUAUAAAUCGAUUGUAUUAAUAAUUCUGUAAUAUCUAAACAUUCUUCAAAACAUCUUUUUUGUAAUAGUUGUGAUCGUAGUUUUAUUUAAAGAGUAUAAACCAUAGAAAACUGAAACAAUAUAAUCUUCUUCUUUAGUGAAUGUUUCCUUAUCAUGUUUGACUUGCCAGAAAAUCUGUUCGUAUGUCCUGUACCCUCUGGCCUAUGCCAUGGGAGCCGAACCAUCCGACUGUGGCAAGGUCGGGACACUUAUAGGCAUCAAACUCUUCGCUACACCCAUGGUGGGCUACGCUGAACUGGGCAAGAUUAUCAAAGUGAGACCUAAAAUAAACCACAUGUUUGAACACUUUAUAAAACACCAAGUGUAUCAAGAGUUAACGACAACAUAGUCAUGAAACGGCUUCGGGACAUUUCUUUUCUUUUUUUUUUUUGGUGUAUUUUGUACGUUAGAGAAAUACUUUAGGUGUCUUGUGUUUAAAUUGUUGUAAAAUAUUCAAUUGUUGUUUUGAUUAAAAUAUGUAUUUUUGUAUUCAUGAAAAUGAAUAAGUCAGAUAUAAGUUUAAAAAAAAAACAUUUCCAUUUAUUUGGGUCAAUUAAAGAAUGUUAUUUUAACUUAUUUUAUGACUUAACAUACAACCCUGGUCCAGUUAGAUAAGACUGUUUACUAACACAUCUACACCUUUUCAACUUAACAUACAACCCUGGUCCAGUUAGAUAAGACUGUUUACUAACACAUCUACACCUUUUCAACUUAACAUACAACCCUGGUCCAGUUAGAUAAGACUGUUUACUAACACAUCUACACCUUUUCAACUUAACAUACAACCCUGGUCCAGUUAGAUAAGACUGUUUACUAACACAUCUACACCUUUUCAACUUAACAUACAACCCUGGUCCAGUUAGAUAAGACUGUUUACUAACACAUCUACACCUUUUCAACUUAACAUACAACCCCGGUCCAGUUAGAUAAGACUGUUUACUAACACAUCUACACCUUUUCAACUUAACAUACAACCCUACCCCAGUUAGAUAAGACUGUUUACUAACACAUCUACACCUUUUCAACUUAACAUACAACCCUGGUCCAGUUAGAUAAGACUGUUUACUAACACAUCUACACCUUUUCAACUUAACAUACAACCCUGGUCCAGUUACAUAAGACUGUUUACUAACACAUCUACACCUUUUCAACUUAACAUACAACCCUGGUCCAGUGAGAUAAGACUGUUUACUAACACAUCUACACCUUUUCAACCUAGUGGUUUGUUGGUUUUUUUUAAAAUUAUUAUAAAGUAGAAUUUAUUGCAAAAAUAAUUAAGAAAAAAUCUGAUUGAAGAUAUCGUUCAUAUAAUAUCAGUAAAUAAAAAAACAUCAUUACUGUCGCUAGUUUUACAUUAAACACUUAUUUUCAAGGUAAUGUACAUCUAAUAGCUAAGGGAAGUAAUCGAAAAUACAAAUGUUUAAAACGGUUAUUGCCCUUGCUCAAUGGAAAAAUCACCGUAGCUAUCAAGGCCAAUGGUUGUCCAGUUUUUAUCCAUCCAUUCCUAUGGUGCUACAGUCCAUGUAGGAUUUUGGCCUGCCUCACCACUUCCUUCCACUCAGACCUAACUGAUGCUUUUCUUUUCCAUGCUUGAGAUUCCAAGCUGCUUUAGAUCUUUUUCAACAUCAUCCAAUCCAUCUAAACCUGGGUCUUCCUUUGAGCUGUCUUUCUCUGAGAUUUUGGUGGUGGACCCUCUUCACUCCUCUGUCAUUUGGCAUUCUUUAUAAGUGUCCUGCCCAGCGCAGCCUACCCUUUUUUAUUUCUUCGCGUCGGAUCCUGAUAUGGACUGUACAAUUCAUAGUUAGUUCGUAUUCUCCAUCCAUGGUCAUUCUUUGUUGAUCCAUAUAUUUUUCCGCAGAAACUUUCUCUCCUAUAUGUUUAACGGGUUUUCUGCCGUUUUUGUUAUGGUCCAAGUUUGCGUAUGUCACAACUGGUCUGAUGACAGCUUUAUAAAUAGUUUUCUUCUUUUUUCUUGUAAUGUUUUUACUUUUGAGUAUUUUCUGACGACUAAAGCAUGCCCUGUUUCCGGCUGAUAUUCAGGUCUUUCAUUUAAAAAUAUCCUAGGUAUUUGAAUUGAUUUUCUUUUUUUCUCUUAACAUUGUCACGUCUUGGUUUUUUUUUUUUAGUUGUUUACUUCCAGUCCUGCUUGUGGUUGAUGCGUCUUCAAAUUCAAUAAAAUCUUUUGAUUGGUCUUUGUUAUUUUUCUUUAACAGUGCUAUGUUGUCAGCAUUUGCAAGAUAUUGGAGAGGUUGGCUGUAGAGAGUGCCUAUUAGUUGUGGAUCUUGGGUUUCGCUCAGAAAGUAUCCUGUCAUUGUUUCUCAGUUGUCCUCUAUGCUUCUUAUAACUCUCUCUAAUGUUAGGUUCAAUAGCAUACAAGUCAGUGAGUCUCAUGGGCUUAGGCCUCGUCUUAUCUGUAAUUUUUUUGACUAUUCUCCCUAAACCUUGAUUUUUUAUUUUUGAGUUGUUCAGUGUUACAUAUAUCUGUCUUGUCAGCUUGUCAGGUAUGCCAAACGCAUGCAGAGUCUCAUAUAAAUAUUUUUUUUUAUGCUGUCAUAGGCCAAUUUAUAGUCCACAUGGAGUUGAUGAACUGGGAUAUGAUACUCACGACGUUUCUCUAAUAGGCAUCUGAUGAAAAUCUGAUGAGUAGUUGGUCUGUUAUAUUUGAAUCCACUUUGGUAGUCACCUAGUAUUUUUUCAGUGUACUGUUGUAGUUUUUUGGCAGUUAGUUUUGUAAGUAUAACUUCUAUAUAACCGUCAAUUUCUUCUCUUAAAAAGUAAACACGGUAAUGACAUAUUACUUUUUAAAAAUUUGACAACUUUUAUAGGUAUUAACGCAAUUUUUUGUUUGAAAAUAUAUUUGACAUGAAGAACAGGCAUAUAUUCGAAUCAUAUGUGGCCAACGGUAACAACUCGUGGCACUGGUCAGGAGAUGACGUUGUACUUGAUAGUAUCAACACAACUUUGGUCAAUGGCAUUAUGUCGGUAAGUUGUGUUGUUAUAAAGAGCUUAUAUGACUAAUGUGAAUUUCGUCCAUAUGUAGAUUAUUCAUUAUUGAUAGGUCCAAUAGUGUUUUUAGAAUGGAUUACUGCAAGAAUUUGGCUGAUGUUAUUCACCCAUUUCAGUAAUAUAAAUAUCUGUUCCUUAGUUAUCCCGAGAAAAAUAGCCAGCCAUAAAGUGUUUGGUACAUAAACCUAGAUAUAGAUAUGAAAUAGUAUUGAGUUAUCCACCAUUUGAUUUAUUAAAUGCUUACUUCUUGCUUACUUCGACUUAUCAAAGGGCAGACAAUUAUGCUGUUUUCACCUUGCCAGGGCACGCUAAGACUUAUUCAAAAGCAUAAUUUAUGACUUUUACUUUAAGAAGAGCCAUUACUUGGUAUAACCCCGCUUCAGAAUGAAAUCACAUGAUGCAAAAUAAUAGAUGAUUAAUAGAUGAUUAAUAGAUGAACGAGACAUGUUUCAAACACAUGGAACAGCAUUCAUUAAUAUAUAUGUCCCGUUCUGUUACCACCAGGCAAGAUCUGAGGUCAUCACUACGUACGCGAUGUGUGGUUUCUCGGCCUUCACCGCUAUAGGCAUCUGUAUCGGCACCAUGGUCCCGAUGUGUCCAAGCCGGAAACAAGACAUCAUAGAGUUGGUCUUUUUGGCUUUUCUUGCUGGGAACGUGGCGAGCUUUGCUACAGGCGCGGUAGCGGGUAACUUAGCUUUAUAGUUUUAGUUCUUGCUCAAUUUUAUCCCUCAACUAUUUUUAUUUUUUUUGGUGUUUCCAUCCAUGGUGCUACCGUCAAUCAGGGACGUCAUUGGGUAGGGCAGGGUGGGGAAUACCCCCCCCCCAUUUUUUUUCCACGAAUUUGCAGGUUUUAUUUGAAUAGCUAUGUAAUAACGAGCCGACCAAGUAACCUUGAAAAGACCUAAAAUCACGCCCCUACCGUCAAUAGUGUUAUCAUUAAUGGUGUUAACAUCAAUGGUGUUACCAUCAAUCUUGUUACCAUCAAUGAGAGUUUUUGGAAGGACGCCAUUGUUGGGAACAUAAGAGUGUUGAUAUUUAAUCUCCAAUGCUUUUUUUUAAAUCAUACUUUCAAUCGUUGUUCUCAAAUUUCCAGAAAGGUUCUAGAAGUUGUGUUUUGUUUUUCCUUUCAUACAUUUUUUUAAUAAGAUUGUGAGAUAUAGGUGCACAUUGACAGAUUCGUGCUAUGAUACUCUGUGUAAGGCUUUCUUCUUUGCUUGUCUUUAUCAAAUCUAAAAAAAUAAGACCUUUAAAAAAAUCGACUUUAAGUAACUCACAUCAAGAAAACAUGAGAUCCGCCCUUGUAAGGAAGUGUGUUAUGAAACGUGAUUGGUGUGUUUGUUUUUUUCAAACAUUCCACAGCGGUGGCAACAUGUUUUCUACGUUUGAUCUCCUUAAUUACGUCACUAUAACGUGAGAUUCUUACCGUCGUGUUGUAACGUAAAACACUGGGUUUUUUUUUUUUAAAUUACGGAUAUGAAAUAAAAAAGUGGAUUUCCGAUUGUUAAGCGAAAAAAAGCUACCUAUUUUUUUGCACAAACUUAAGAAUCGCUGUUGUAAUGCUUGCUAAGGCAAAGCACCGGACGACCCCGUGAUCCCAGCAAUGACGGACGAAGAUUGACAUAGAUUUAUCUAAAGGGGUGAAACGUGUCGAUCAGAAGUGAUAAUCUUUUGAGGGGGGGGGGGGGAGGCUCUUGUAUAAAGUAACGUCGUGAUAUGUAUUCAAAAUUUUUUCAAGCAGAUAGCAAAGUCCAAGUGAGACUCCGGUGACAGAAGGUCUCUUACUAGUUACUAAAGUUGACGUACCUGCGAAACUCUUCUUUCAAAUCGCUUGACAUCAUACAGAAACAUUGUCGCAAUAUUCCUGUACAGUACGAUGUUAGGUUUAUGUAAUAGUAAAAUAUGAUGGUAUGGCUACGUUACCGUAUAAUAUGAUGACAUGGCUCAGUUACACUAAAAUAUGAUGCCAUGGCUAUGUUACACUAAAAUAUGAUGGCAUGGCUAUGUUACAGUAAAUUAUGAUGGUUGGGCUAUGUUACAGUAUAAUAUGAUGGUAUGGCUAUGUUACAGUAUAAUAUGAUUGUAUGGCUAUGUUACAGUAUAAUAUGAUGGUAUGGCUAUGUUACAGUAAACUAUGAUGGUAUGGCUAUGUUACACUACAACAUGAUGGUAUGGCUAAGUAAUAGUAUAACAUGAUGGUAUGGGUAGGUUAUAGUAAUAUAUGAUAGUAUGGCAAACUCUCUAUUCCCGCUCUGUUAGAUCUCUCUGCUGCAUUUGAUACCAUUGACCAGCAUAUUCUUCUUGACCGCCUUCAUCUUUCUUUCGGACUUACUGGCUCAGCUUUAAACUGAUUUCAAUCAUAUCUUUCUGACAGAACUCAAACAGUAUCUAUUUCCAACCGCUCUUCCAAACCUUCAGCCCUGUCUAUUGGAGUUCCUCAAGGAUCGGUCCUUGGGCCGGUCCUUUUCAUCCUCUACACUAAACCUCUAUCAUCUCUCAUUAGCCACCACUCAGUUUCCAGUCAAUCCUUUGCUGAUGACACUCAAAUCAGUGACUCUUGCUUUCCUGAUCAACUUGAUGCCACAAUCCAAUGAUAAAACGGAAAUCCUUCUCAUCCACUCUCAAAACAAACCUCUCCCUCCAUUCGCUCCUUCUUCUAUAUCUAUUGGCAACUCUGACAUCACACUCUCUCCCUCUGCCAGAAACCUUGGAGUCACGCUUACGGACACCCUCUCCAUGGACAAACAUGUCACGAAUAUAUGCAGAUCAGCAUAUAACGAAAUUAUAAAAAUCAACACCAUUAGACACCUCCUCUCCUUUGAUGCCACAAAAACUAUCGUCUCUUCAUUCAUUCUUUCAAAAUUUGACUACUGUAACACUCUUCUCACAGGCAUUCCUCAACACCACAUAGACAAACUUCAGAAGGCACAGAACUCAGCAUGCAGACUCAUUUUUAAAUUAAAGAAACAUGACCACAUUCAACCAAACAUGCGGCAACUUCACUGGCUUCCAAUAUCCUCUCGCAUCAAGUACAAGUCUGCAAAUCUUUGCUUCAACUCGUUCACUGACCCUCACUUUCCUGUCUAUCUCUCUGAACUGUUGCUUCCUUACAUCCCCACAAGACAACUACGCUCUUCCAUUGACAGUAGAACCCUCUCAAUCCCAAGAACCAAAACUAAGACCAUCGGUGAACGCUCCUUCUACUUCCAUAGGCCCACGUUCUGGAACCAGCUCCCCUUCCAUAUCCGUCAUUGUGAAACCUCGUCCAUUUUCAAAAAGUCCCUUAAAACUCAUCUGUUUAGGUCCGCCUAUGACCUGUGAUGCACCCUCCUUGCCCUGCCUCAUUUUCUGUUUCGGGUUGAUCCUGAAGUAUAGGCCAAAACGUGCCAAAGUGUCCUCGUUUUAUAGCCAUUUUCAUUGUUUCUAUAGUAUAGUAGUUACUAUCCUAGUGUCUCAUUUUUAUUUUACUUAGUUUACAUGUUUUUAAUAAUUGUAAAGCGCCUAUAUAAAAAUGCCUAAAUAAAUAAAUAAAUAAAUAAUAGUAUUAUAGAAUACUAAACUGUGUAAAAUAGGAUACACUGGCUUCGUUUUGGUAAAAUAUGAUGGUAUGGCUAUAUUGCAUUAUUAAAAAAAUAUACCCAUGGUUUUCCUUCAUUUGUGCUAUGGCUACUUGUUGACCGUUACCUUUCUACUUGAAGUUAAAGUUCCCUAACAAUGGACGGUCAUUUUCUGCCCGCGGUGACAAGAGUAGGCAGGAAAAGGUUGGUGGUAAAUAUCUACAAAUAUAUUUAAAACCACAAGGCUUCCUCGGUGUUUAGAAAACUAUAGUGUCUGACUGUGAGAGCGCCCACACUUGCCUCCUUGUGUAACAUUGGCCAGUUUCUUCCGUUAUAGUGUCUGACUGUGAGAGCGUCCAGGACACUUGCCUCCUUAUGUAACAUUGACCAGUUUCUUCCGUUACUGUGUCUGACUGUGAGAACGCCCAGGACACUUGCCUCCUUGUGUAGCUUUGGCCAGUUUCUUCCGUGCCUGCAGCCUAGCGUCCCUCGCGUUCCAUCAAACGGCUGCGAAUGCUGUGAAACUAUGCGUUCAUUUUGUGCAAUGAUAAGAUUACAGUGACCCCUUUUGCCACCGUUCUAGCAAUGUAUUAUUUAAUACACGAUAUAGCCCGCCAAACAUUUGCGGCAGCAAUGCGUGAACUGCACAUCAACUAAAGUUACUUGCCGAACAUGAACUCAAGUGUCGCAUAUUUAAGAAUCUAAGUUUUCGCUACACUCCUUCCACCCAUUAUACGUCAAUGCACACUUUUUAUGUCACUGCCAUGAACUAUAUUAAAUAUUCUGAUGUCCCAGCCAAUUUUAAAUCGAUUAUUUUUUUUACCAUACUUAAAUUUAGACGAUUUCAUUUUCCGAAAAGAAAAUAUUACGCGCCAAACUCAUUUGCGUUAUAGAAAAAUCAUUUUGCGUAAUUAUUGGGAAUUAUAUUUUGCGCUAUAAUGAACUGAUUACUGAACCAAACUUUCUUUCAACCAUUUAUAAUUAUUUGUAUUAUACUCCCAAUACCAAAUUCGCUGAUUAUGAGCAGUCAAUUAGGAUGCAGUUAAUUAGGAAGCAGUCCACGACUCACACCAGAGGCGUAAUAUAUAUUUAAGAGAGUAAUAAGGGGAGAGACUGCAGUCAGGUUAGCACAAUAUAAAAUGAGUAAAACAGAGUAGGGUUAAACCUGAAAAAAAAAACAGGAGAAACCUUCGUCAGCGAACAAAACAACAGAAAAAAACGGUAUAAAAAUCAAAAAUAAGAAAUAGCACUUAGCUUGGACGUAGUAUCCGAGGACAGCAAAAGAAAUGUGACAGAAAGUAGGUGAGUGAGAGAUUAAAUAGGGCAAAGUGAAAGAAAAGAGGAGACAAUAGUCCACAGCAAUAGAUAAGGACGUGGAGGGGCGAGCUAGGGUCAAGCUGUGAAAAGAGACAUAACAUUCAUCCCAUGUGGCGUCAAAGUAAAGUACCAUAAGUCAGGAUAAGCCUGUGUUCCAAAUUGACUCAGCUGAGUCUGUUCACGCUGGCCAUGGUCGCUUUUAUUGAAAAGUCAGUCUUGCCCUGGUGGUCCCUACUAUAGACGUGUUUGGAGACGGCACACUGUUUAUGUUGUGUACUGGUACGGACGUGUUCGGUACACCUGUCAGCGAGACUGCGUCCAUUCUCCCCUAUGUACGUCAUCUGACAGCCGGUGCAGACAAUGGCGUAGACAACGUUGCGGUUUGUACAAAGGAAGCCGUCGCGUAUCCGAAAACUGCCCUGUAUGUGUUGAGUCUGGAUGACAAAAGGGCAAGUGUUGCAACGGCUGCGUCCACAUGGCUGGUCCCAAAGUGGGAGGGGGCAGCCUUGAUACGACUGAUAUGUAACAGGUGACGUAUGUAGGUUACUAAAUUGAAAAUAACAUUUCAAAAUUGAACAAAGUAAUUUUUUUUUUCAAUAGGAUUGCUCUACACUGAAGACUCAUUCGUACAUUCCUGAUGAUAGAUCAACAAGGUCAACAUCUCAGUACCUGCCAACCUCGUCCAUGAUUUCCUCUUUUUUUUUUUUAAAGAAUGGUGGAGUUUUGUUUUAAGUUAUUUUUGUCUUCCAAUUUAAUCAAAUGAAAUGUGUGAUGACUCCUACUGCAAUAUUUAUAUUUGCAGAAAUACAAUUAAUUGUGUUAAAUAAAAAUGUAUCCUUUUUAAAAAAAAUGAGCUUGUCACAGAAAGUUAAAUGAAUGAUUUUUUAUCAAAACCCGCAACCGAGAGGUCGUGGGUUCGAUACUUUGUCAGGAAAUCGACUAAGACAAGAAGCUGAACGCGAGUGAUUGGGCUGUCAUUUUUGACAGCUACGUGUAUGCACAUUUGAACAAUAGCAUAUCGUUAAAUAAAGUAUUAGAGCAAGCGUUGUUUGUUCUUUAACUUCCUAGAAUCGCUCGUGUCUAAAACGUUAAUCAGAUUUAUAUGAUG